CCUCUCCGUUUUGGUGGGCUGGUUGAAGAUGAAAUCUACUGAAGAGGUCUUUAGUACCUUGUGUGCCAUCCCAGAAGUGGCCCCUGAAAGCCUUCGUAAUAUGUAUAUAUUCCCUAAAAAUCAAGCGAGCUUGGAUUUGGACAUUCCUAAUAGAAAAGGUUAAAGGCUGAUUGAGGCAGACUUGAUGCUACGUAAUUGAUAGAUCCUAAAAGUCAACUUCAUUCCUAGAUAGAAGCUGGAUUCAUCUAAUAGCAGAGAACAGACCAGAACCAGAUAUGAGUCUUACAUUCCCACUGUGGAUCUCUUCAGUGCUGUAAAUCGUGGAUGUACAAUAGAUGAUGAUUCUAUUUUUUUUGUGGACUUCAACAUCUGGAGAUCUCAUUAACAUGUCUUUGUGUGAAGACAUGUUGCUUUGUAAUUAUCGAAAGUGUCGCAUCAAACUCUCCGGUUAUGCCUGGGUCACUGCCUGUUCUCAUAUCUUCUGUGAUCAGCAUGGCAGUGGUGAAUUUAGUCGUUCACCAGCUAUCUGCCCUGCCUGCAACAGUACCCUUUCUGGAAAGCUGGAUAUUGUCCGCACGGAACUCAGUCCUUCAGAGGAAUAUAAAGCUAUGGUGUUGGCAGGGCUUCGACCAGAGAUUGUGUUAGACAUUAGCUCCCGGGCACUGGCUUUCUGGACAUAUCAGGUACAUCAGGAACGUCUCUAUCAAGAAUAUAAUUUUAGCAAGGCUGAGGGUCAUCUGAAACAGAUGGAGAAAAUAUAUACUCAGCAAAUACAGAGCAAAGAUGUAGAAUUGACCUCUAUGAAAGGGGAGGUCACCUCUAUGAAGAAAGUGCUAGAAGAAUACAAGAAAAAGUUCAGUGACAUCUCAGAGAAACUUAUGGAGCGCAAUCGUCAGUAUCAAAAGCUCCAAGGUCUCUAUGAUAGCCUUAGGCUACGGAAUAUCACUAUUGCUAACCAAGAAAGUACUCUUGAACCAUCUUUGGUAGCACAGUCUGGUGUUUUUAGCUUCCCAUUAGGUAACAGCUCCAAGUUUCCUUUGGACAAUACACCAGUUCGAAAUCAGGGUGGUGGAGAUGGAGAUUUUCAGUUUAGACCAUUUUUUGUGGGUUCUCCUACAGCACCUGAAGCCAGCAACAGCUUUUUUAGUUUUGCCUCUCAAGGCCAUGAAUUAGAGCAACAACAAGUCUCUAGCAGGGCCUUCAAAGUAAAAAGAAUUUAGCUUAUUUUAUAGAAUGUUUGUUUGCAUUCAGUGAUUUCAUUUAUCAUAGAAUCUUUAUUCUACGUAAGAGUUGUCAACUUCCCUGUGCUGUUAAGUCUUUGAAGUUCACUUCACAUUUCAACUUAUAAAAAAUUCAGUGGCAGUAGGGGAUUGGCAUUAAUGUCUUGAUUUUUUGUGUGUGUUCCUUUGUUUUUAAUAUUGAAAAGCGUGAAAAUUUCAUUAAUCUCAAUUUCUUUGUAUACUGUUGAGUUUUCAUUCAUGGUGAAAAGGCCACAACAUUAUUAUAUGUUCUGUAGAUCACUCUGACUUUCUGACUGAGCUGUGUGUUUAUGCAUUAUAUGUAUAUAAGCACCAGUGUUAUAUGUUUACAUGUUACUUUGGGUCUCGGUAUUUAUGCAUAUAUAUGUAUGUAAUUAUGUCCAUUGAUAUUUUGCUGUAUUUGUCAAUAUAUUUAAUGAAUAUUUUGGUUUUGGAUAAUGGUGGGUGAUCUGUGGCUUGUUAUUUGGGUGUGUGUAUUUAUUUGUAUGUAUUUAUGUAUUUGUACACAUAUUAACUUGUUUAGAGAAGUAUGUUAAUGUUAAUGAAAGAAUAAUUUGAUGUAUGUAU